AUGGCGCUUGCGCAGCGCUCGGCGUCCCGCUUCUUUGCGGCCUUCUAUAGAUGGGAGUUACAUACUCGAAACACACAACUAUGUGCCUUGAAUGGUACACACUACCGCAACCGCAUUGGCCUCCCGCAGCACUACCACACAACUCGGCUUCUCAGGCAGCAAGCCCAACCUGAAUCGCAAGUUCAGGAUGAGCCUACCAUCAAUUCUAGUGACGAUGUCCGAGGGAUGACAAAUGCAGCGGAGAUACCACUUCUUCAGCCAGCAGACAGUAUACGGGAGGAAAUAGCAAGCAGUCAACCAAGCGCCGAAGAGCACGAUAUCGUACCCGAACUCUCCGAUUCGGAGCUUGAGCAAGCGAAAUUGAAGAACUCUGUGCGUCAAUUAAUGCGCAACGUGCCUAGCUCUGUUGCGGUCAUUACCGUCGUACACAUCGACCCCGAGACUGGAAAGCAUGUACCCAUGGGCGUCGCUGUCUCUUCACUCAGCACCGUUACCCUGGACCCACCCACUAUUUCCUUCAACAUCAAAGAGCCAUCACAAACUCUUGAGGCAAUCCGAGCUGCAAAUGGCCUUUUCCGUGUCCACUUUCCGGCAGCUGAAAGAGGAGGCGCCAAUAUGGUGGAUCUCUUUUGCCACGGAAAUCAUGCUGAGGCUUACAAUAGGCGAGCUAAGAUGUUGAAGCUCUUUCAGCCCAAAGACAAAAAGCACCCUGCCACAACACGCUCUUGCGCACCACAGAUCUUGAGUGACUCUGUGAUGGCUGCAAUGGAAUGCGAAGUCACUCAUCAAUUCCCUGUUGGAGAUCACGUCAUUCUCGUUGCAAAAGUCGAUAGUAUGGAAUACAAAGCUUCAAAAGGAGCAGCCAUCCUUUACAUUGACAGAAGAUACCGGAAUCCCAAGGGUCAGCUUGUCUACUCUUCAGAGAGAGCACAGGCGUCUACCGCUGGUGAAGGUGUCUCAUCGUUCUGGAAAUAUCCUCUGUUUCCAGGCGACAAGGAGCGACGAGAAUAUAUGAACGAGAUCAAGAACCUGAUAAAAUCAGACCCUACCUAUUAUGAGAACCCAACCAAAGACACAUAUCGAACCAUCGAAAGCAAUUUACCAUACCCCGCGUCAAGUCUUGGCAUAAGUGUCGAGCUACUUGUUGCAGAGUGUAGGAAGGAAAAGAGACUCCCUAGUAAAAUCAAGUCCGGGCAGGAGAGCCAACAAGUACUCAGCGACUUUUACGGGCUGUUGACGCCAUCUAUGAGGCAGCAAAUUGUAGACCGAGCCACGACGUUGGUCGCAGCCGACUCGCGUUUCCUGUCACAAAAUUACCGGCUCUUCUUAUACAACUUGGGUGUCAGUCCUAACAGUAGAGAUUUCUUGCCUAGCGACAUUAUGGAAUCUCUGCGAGCUGCAAAUCUAGCACCACCGUUCGAUCUGAAAAGGCAACCUGGGGACAUGUCGAGAGAGGACAUACAGAAGAUCGAGCAGAUUGAGCACCGUCUACGGGAGCAUCUUCGAAAGAUGAGUUAUACAGCUGCACUGAAGGAGCCUUUUGAAAAUGCAAUGGUGGCCAUUGGUGAAAAGAAAUUGGAUGCUCUACAUUUCAAGAAGAGUCGCGCGCGUCUCCUUACCCAGACUCACCCUUCACUCUUCGAUGCCUCGGCAAUAGAUAUAUCUGGAGAAGUGACCCAAGAAGAACUCCGCGUAGUUCUCAGCCGGAUCAUCAAUCGCCUGCAGAUUUAUUCUGAAACCGAGUUCCGGAAGCUUAUUCACAUUGAUUGGUGUGAGUCUUUGCGCAGACUUGGCGUAAACCCUACUAUUACAGGUAUGGAUGUGGAGUUCCUGACCGGCAAAAUCAAAAAUCUAUUCUACUCUACAGAGCACUUCCGAGACUUUCCACGUGCUAUCGACGAGAUGUUACAGCCUUGGUUUGUUUGGAACGUUGACUGGGACGAUCUGGAAGAGCGUGUUAAACGGUUUGUUCAGAAAACUCCACUGCGCGCUACGACAUGGUCGAGGAAGGACAGACUUGCUGCUAUGGGCAUUCAUUGGAGAGCUACGGUUAAUCUACCAAAGCACGAUUCUGCCGACGAAGAGGUCAGACAAUCUCUCGACGAAGGUCACAUUAUUGAUACACUCGUCGCAAAGGAACUGAAGCGCCAUUACGGCAACGGCAGCGAGGAGGAGAACGCAGGCAUCGCCAAAUACUUGAAGGAGGUGUAUGAAUUCGAUGUCACACACAAGCCAAUCGAGUAUAUUCCCGCGGAAUCCACAGCUCAAUCGUCGGCGGACGAGAUGCAGCAAGCUAUGAUGGCGGACCUCACGCCUGUCCAGGAACAAGUAUGGCUAGAGCCACCGGGAAACAGCCGUACACAUACCAAAUCCAACUACAAGGGACAUAAAUCUUUGAAGAAAUCGGGCACGUUUUCGUUUGGCGGAUAG